AACUCCUUGAACAGAUUGUGAAGAAUCAGUCAUGGGACAAAAGGAGGGAGGCGUCAAACAAGAUAAAGGUUAAGAGUUGAAAAUGAUAUGUAAAGCAUGUGUGUGUCCCUGUGUUUGUUCUCCCCAUGAUGAAAUGAGUCACGUUUCCAUGGAUUUGUCAGAUGUGUAAGUCCUUAAAUAGCCAAGAACAGUCUCCUGGAGACCACAGCAGAGAGAGUAGAGACACAGUGAAAUAUCUACAGGAGCAGCUGCGGCGGGAGACGGAAGAGCACAUCAAAGAGGGCAAAGGCAGCGCGGAAAAAGUCCACGAGCGAGUGUCAAGGAUCCAAGAGCUGAAAGAGGCUCUGAGAGCAGAGACGCUGAAGAACGGGGUCGCUGCAGAGACGCCAGACGUCUAUCAGCGCUCUCAGUUGGAACACAACAAAGCUCAGGAGCGGAGGAGGCAACUUAAGGAGGAUCAUGGGAGAUUAAUUCAAGAGGAGGUGGAGAAGAUGGAGAGAGACUUGGCACAGGAACAGCUACCGGCCGAAGGUCUCCAGAGAGAGCUGCUGGUGCUCACCAGAGAGAGGCACAUCCUGGUGCUGCAGCUGGAGGCCCUGCGUGCCGAGGCCCAGCAGGCAGAGAGAGACCUGCAGGACCAGCAUCGCAAACACCAAGAGGAGCUGCAGAGUCUGAGGGAGGAGAGUCUGCAGGUGUUCUCAGUGUUUCGCCAGGUGAACGAAGAGCAGAGGAAAAUGUCAGAGAGCAGAUACAGAAAUGUGCUGCUGGAGGCCGUGCAGGACGCCGUCUACCUGUCCGCCCAGAACCAGCAACUCCAGGCCGAAAACAAGCAGCUCCGCAAAGCCCUGGGGGAGUUAAAGGAUACUCUCACUGUGAGGAGCGAGCCUAAGGCUGAAGCGUAACAAAGACAUCGACAAAUAGAACUAAAAGAACAUAUCACCAGUUUUUAUUAACACAUGAACAAUUUAUUCUCUCAAUUCUUG